AUGACAAUGUCUGCAGGGAAUACUCAAGAUACUAUUCAAGAUCCAUCUGUUGCCGUUGCAGCUGAGGUAACUGUAAAACAAGAAUGUGAUAUAAAGGAUAAAACUAGUAUUGCACAAGAAGAACAAAAAUCCGUUACUGCACCAGAUACAACUGAAAAUGUAACAAAAGAGACUAACGGAAAUGCUACUGGUGCACCAGCAGAAGAAAAGACUGAGGAGAAGAGUGAGAAUGCCAAUGGUCCAACUGGAGAGCAACCACCAGAACCAACUGAACCGGAACAUUUUAGAAAAAUUUUUAUUGGUGGAUUGACAGCAAAUACCACUGAAGAUAUGCUUAAAGAAUUUUUUGGACAAUGGGGUGGUUAUAUUUUGGAUUGUGUUGUUAUGCGUGACCCAAGUACUAAGCGCUCGCGAGGAUUUGGUUUUGUGACAUACGUCUGCCAGGCAGAUGUUGAUAAGGCAAUGGUGAACAGACCUCAUAAUAUUGAUGGAAAAGUUGUUGACACAAAAAGAGCUGUUCCAAGAGAUCAAUCUAAAGGUGGUGAUGCCAAUCUUUCAUCUAAGAGACUUUAUGUUUCCGGAAUUAGAGAGUCUCAUACAGAAGAAAUGUUAACUGAACAUUUUAAAAAAUUCGGAAAUGUUCUUAAGACUGAAAUUAUAAACGAUAAGCAAACCGAAAAACCUCGUGGAUUUGCUUUCGUCACUUUUGAUGAUUACGACUGUGUAGAUAAAUGUGUUCUUGUUAAAAGUCAUAUGAUUAAUGAUUUACGUUGUGAUGUAAAAAAAGCUGUAAGCCGUGAAGAGAUGAAUAGAUCUGCAAUGAAUGAAUCAGGCAAUAGCCGUGAUCGUAGAUCUGCUGGAGGUAUGAAACGUCGUGGUACAAACCAUGGUUUGAACGGAGUUCCAAAUAAACAAGGUCGUCGUAGUGAGUCUAUGGGAAAUAGAGCGAAUCGUGGCGGUCGUGAUAAUGGCGGAUUCAAUAGUAGAAAUAAUGGAAACCAAGGUGGAAACUUUAGAGGUAAUGAUAAUUUCCAAGGAUAUGGUUAUCAACAAGGUGGCCCAUGGGGAGGACCAGGAAAUUGGGGUGCUGGAGGUCAUGGUGGAUACGGUGCUGGAGGUUUUCCACAAGGUGGUUAUGGAAAUCAAUGGGGUGGUAAUGAUGGUAGCUGGAAUAUGAAUGGCUACGGAAGUGGUGUUCAACCACAAGGUGGAAAUUGGAAUCCAGGCAAUACUAGUUGGAACCAAGGACAAUCAACUCCAGGUGGUGGAAAUGUUCGUGGUAGCCAAUGGGGAAACAAUGUACCCAACAACCCAGGAUGGAAUGGUGCUAGUCGUGGCGGAUUUUAA